CCACUCCAAAGACAAUUUUGUGUUAUAGCUGCGACCGUCACCAUGGCCAUCGUUCACGUCGUCUUGUUCCAGUUUAAGCAAACCACCACGCACGACCAGGUUCAAGAUAUCUGUCGCCGAUUGGCUGCUUUGAAAGACACCUGCAUUCAUCCUACCACCAAUAAGCCGUAUGUCAAGUCUUACGGAGUCGGAAAGAACAACAGCCCCGAGGGCCACGAUGGUGGCCUAAGCCACGGGCUUGUCGCGGAGUUCGAAAACGAGGAGGAUCGGAAGUAUUAUCUCGAGAAAGAUCCGUCGCACUUGGCAUUCGUGGCGAGUCUUGACGGUCUGGUCCAGGAUGCCCGGGUAUUCGAUUUUGAGCCUGGAAAGUUUUGA